GAAAAUGGGCGCGCGGGGCGGGCGGUGGCGGGGGAAGAUGGCGGCGGCUGUGGGCCGGUGGCGGGCCGGGCUGUGGCUGCUGGCCGUGGCGCUGCGGCUGGGCGGGCCGCGGGCCGAGCAGACCGAGGAGCACCUGAAGCGGGAGCACUCGCUCUCCAAGCCCUACCAGGGCGUGGGCUCGGCCAGCUCGGGGCUGUGGGACCUGCAGGGCAACGCCAUGGUGAUGACGCAGUACAUCCGCCUCACCCCCGACGCGCAGAGCAAGCGGGGCGCCGUCUGGAACCGCGUGCCGUGCUACCUCCGCGACUGGGAGAUGCAGGUGCACUUCAAAAUCCACGGGCAAGGCAAGAAGAACCUGAACGGCGACGGCUUUGCCAUCUGGUACACCAAGGACCGCAUGCAGCCAGGACCUGUCUUUGGAAGCAAGGAUAACUUCCUGGGCCUGGGGGUGUUUGUGGACACCUACCCGAACGAGGAGAAGCAGCAGGAGGCUCAGAAGAGGAGGUACAGCCCGGGAAAUCAGCGCGUCUUCCCCUACAUCUCUGCCAUGGUGAACAACGGCUCGCUCACGUACGACCACGACCGGGACGGGAGGCCCACGGAGCUGGGGGGCUGCACGGCCAUGGUGCGCAACCUCAACCACGACACCUUCCUGGUGAUCCGCUACGUCAAGAGGAGGCUGACGGUGAUGAUUGACAUCGAUGGCAAGCACGAGUGGCGGGACUGCAUCGACGUGCCAGGCGUGCGCUUGCCCCGCGGGUACUACUUCGGGACCUCCUCUGUCACUGGAGACCUCUCAGACAACCACGACAUCAUCUCGCUGAAGCUUUACCAGCUGACGGUGGAGCGGACGCCGGAGGAGGAGAAGCGAGACAGGGAGGUGUACCUGCCCGUGGUGGACAACCUGAAGCUGCCGGGCAUGGAGGCGCCGCUGGAGCCCAUGAGCGGCCUGGCUCUCUUCCUAAUCGUCUUCUUCUCCCUGGUUGCCAUCGUCUUCGCCAUCGUUAUCGGAGUCAUUGUCUACAACAAGUGGCAGGAGCAGAGCCGGAAACACUUCUAUUGACUUGGGAGCCUGCCUGGGAUGGCCCCUCGCUAGCCACACCCUGGCUCCCAUCCCAGGCUGGCCAGAGCGCGAUGGACCCGGCCUCGUGGCAGGGCCCCCGGUGUCCCCAAAGCCCCAGCGGGGACGGCCGCCGUUUCUCGUCAGACUCCAGGACCCCCCGGUGCGAGCGGGGACCCCCAGCGCGGCGUGGCUGGGGCCGGGUGCUGCGGGGACGGAGCCGCCGUCCCCUGAGGGUUUGCUGGGAGCAGAAGCCUCGCUCUGGGAGCUGUUCGGGACUGGGCUGUGGGGUUAUGGCAGCGCCGAGCCGCCUCUCUGCUGUCCGGGGAAUACAGAGGUCACUGCUUCGGCUGUGAAAUCCCGGCUGAGAGCAACGCAGCGAGCAGAGCCCAGCCAAGCGCCUGCGUUCCUUGCCAGGCUCUGACGACAGCCCCUCUGCAGCGGUUUCCUUUCUAGGAGGGGUUUGCCGAGCUGCUCAUCCCCCCCCCGGCUGCUUUUUAGGCCGUCUUUAGAGACCGGACUGCUUUUCCUUGGCACCUUGAGCUCCCCCCACCACCGCACAACCCCUCUGGGUCCCUUCAGCCUCCCCGGUUUGGUGUUUUCGGGCUGCUGAUGGAUUUCCCCAUCCCAGGCAGCUCGAGCUGGCAGUCUGCCUGGCCGCUGGGGGCUUAAUUCCGUGCUCCCCUCUUUUACCACCUGUUUGCUGCUGCUGCCGCCUCCCGGGGCUCGGCCCCUCUCCCCGCUCCAGCAUGCCGCUGCCUCCGCAUGCCUCCCGCACCGGUGCCGUCCGCAUGCCGUGUCGUGGCUUCGCCGGCUUUCCCCGGGGCUCCCCCUCGCUGCGUCCCGACCCCGCCGAGGAGGAGCCGAGCUGCGCGUGCCUCUCGGAGCCGCAGCUCCCGCUGCCCUUCAGGGAGCUGUAGUUUAUUCCUACCUCAGCGCCUUCUUGCUGUGUUUCUCUCGCCAGCGGUCGCCAGACGGAACGGCGCGGCCGGUUUUACCUGCAAAGGGACGGGGCGGCCGCCUUCCCCCCGGGGACUGCCUCGAGCUCCUGUGGUCGCUUUCCCAGAGUGAGGGGUGGUGGCAGGGGGUCCCCGGAGGGACCCAAGAGAGGGAAAAAUGAGGUCACUUUGUCCCAGGAGCCUCCCAGCAGCUCUGGGCACGUCCAGAUGGCGAAUCUCUGCAGCACCCUCCUUGCUGGGGCCCUGGGGCAGGGCUGGGAGCCGUGUCCUCUGCACCCUGCUGCUUCCCGGGGUGCUUUCUGACCCGGGCCAGGUCCCAGCCCGCGGGGAGCGGUGGUUUUUUGUGAGCAACCACUGCUUUUUUUGGCAGAAAGCUGCCGCCGGGGUAGGUGGAAGCUUUUUUAGAAGUGCCCAGGCGUUCUUGUGGCCUGAAAGGACUAUUUCUGGUGUUUUGCCUCUGUUUUUUUUUUUGCCUGAUGACCAGGAGUGAAAUGCGUGCGCCUCUUCCCAGAGCUGUUACUGGUGUCUUGGAAUAAACGUUGGUGUGUGUGA